AUGCACAUACUGAAAUAUACAUUCCUAUGUGUAUAUAUAUAUUCUUCUUUGUGUGUGCCUUCGUAUACGUGUAAACUAAGUGGUGUGUGGUGGAAACAUAUAGGGAGGAAACCAACGGAAAUGCUUGACGUUUCCUCGCCUUUGUUUUUCUUUACCUUUCCGUGCAGGUCUCGUAUGACUCAAAAUCUGCUUCAUGUGCUUGGUACAAAACCACUACUGCCGUAUUGGGUUACUCUUUGUCCACCAAUCAUUCAAUGUACACGUGGACAUAUAAUAUAUAUAUAUAUAUAUAUAUGCUACUUCUUGUUUGGUUGCCUUGUGACUUCAAGUGGCGGGAUGUAUGGGGCCUUUUGGCUUAUUUAUUUAUUGAAUUUGUGUGACAUGUCGACGCGGUGGGUUUCCAUUUCACCUCACUUCACUCCUAUUUCUGUUAGCUUUUGCUUUCGCGUUGCUCUUGCGGAUGGUGAGGGGGUUCAGGCAAUUUCUUCCUUUCUGUGGCUUCAUUCCCCUCUACCCACCCCCGUUACUGUGGAGGUCAGGGCCCGUGGGUUAAUGUUUUCAUGUUGA